AUGUCCUCCGCAGGCGGCUGGGUGGAGGUGGGCCGGUUCCCCGGAGGCGGUGUGCGGUGGUGCUGGGCGAAGGGCGCGGGAGGGCAGUGGAAGGUCUGGGCCGAGGCGGACACCGGAGAGAAGAUAUUGCCGAACAAGACCUUCAAGCAGAGAGCGCCGCAGCUCGAUCUGUAUUCGGAACAAAAUUGGCAGAGUCUGGAAAUCUCGCUGCUGCCGCUUCAACCAGGGCCUGGGAGUGUUCCUCCGCAAGUGAGUCAGCCUUCGCAAGCCGAGCUCAGGGCGCAAGUGGACCAGCUGACCUCAGAGGUGCAGAGUGAGAGGGCGCAGAAGGCAGAGCUUCAGCAGCGGCUUACCCAAGAAAAGGCUGAGGAAAAGCUGGAAUUGCGGCAGCAGCUGGAGCAGCUUACGCAGGAGAAGGCUGAGGCAACGGAGUUGCGGCAGCAGCUGGAGCAGCUUACACAGGAGAAGGCCGAGGCAACACAGCAACAGCAAGCCUUGCAGCAGGAAAAGCUGGAAUUGCAGCAGCAGCUGGAGCAGCUUACACAGGAGAAGGCUGAGGCAACACAGCAACAGCACGCCUUGCACCAGGACAAGCAGGAGUUGCGGGAACAGCUGGAGCAGUUUACGCAGGAGAAGGCUGAGGCAACACAGCAACAGCAAGCCUUGCAGCAGGAAAAGCUGGAAUCGCGGCAGCAGCUGGAGCAGCUUACGCAGGAGAAGGCUGAGGCAAUACGGCAACAGCAAGCAUUGCACCAGGAAAAGCAGGAAUUGCGGCAGCAGCUGGAGCAGCUUACGCAGGAGAAGGCUGAGGCAACACAGCAACAGCACACCUUGCACCAGGAAAAGCAGGAGGUGCGGCAGCAGCUGGAGCAGCUUACACAGGAGAAGGCUGAGGCAACACAGCAACAGCACACCUUGCACCAGGAAAAGCAGGAGGUGCGGCAGCAGCUGGAGCAGCUUGCGCAGGAGAAGGCUGAGGCAACACAACUGCAGGAAGCAUUGCACCAGGACAAGCAGGAAUUGCGGCAGCAGCUGGAGCAGUCCAGGCACGACUUUGCCUUGCUUUCGCAGCAGCAGCUUGAACAGUCCAGGCACGACUUCGCAUUGCUCAGGCAGGAGAAGGCUGAGGCGAUCCAGCAAAGCGAAGUGCUGCAGCAGGAGAAGCAGCGCUUGCAGCAGCAGCUUGAGCAGCUCCGGCAUGACUUCAUGUUGGCUUCACAGCAGGCACCGACUGAGCGGAAGUUGGUUGAAGUCGCACGACAGCUUUCCCAGUUGAAGGAGCACUGUGAUGCUGUCGUCGCCUUCAUCAGCUCCGACAGCGAUCCGCAGCCAGAGGGAGCAGGCAACUCCCCGGCCAGCAGAAGCUGGGCUGUGAUCGACCAAGAUGAGGUGCAGUCGGUGCAGUCGAGCGACAUGAGCAGCUCGUCCGCCGGGUCUGCCAAGUGCUUCCUCCCGAACACGGCCCUGCCCGGGGCCGGCAGUGCCGAGGGCCACCUGCUGCGGGUGGAGCACCUGAAGCCGGGGGACAAGGUCCGGCUGAGCGAUGGCACGGAGGCCUCGGUGCUGGACGUAAAGCGGCACCCCUCCAAGAAAAAGCCCUACGACGUCGUGGAGCUCAGCACGCACCAGGGCAAGUUCCCGGUAUCCGACUCCCAUCACGUGGCAGUGCCUGGAGUCACAGGCCCCCGUCGUCAGCAAGCAGAUGCCUUGCGGCAAGGGGAUUUGGUGAUCGUCAGCGGCGAACAGCGGAAGCUGACCAAUGUGGUCCCCAGGAAGGAGCGCGCAAAUCUCUUUGAAGUCUUUCUGGAGCCGGACGGCCCGCUGGAGAUGUUCCACUUGAAGCAGAGCUGGAGUUUGCAGGUCUUCGGCUCAGCCAGUGGAUCCGGGUGUCUUCCCGAAGAGGAGGGAGAGGAGUGCUGCUGA